AUGCAGUCUGUGAUUGGGGACGUAUACGCCACCUUCCAGUCCGAUCUCAUUAAUCUGACGGCUGACCUAGGGCCAAAUGCGCGCCCGGCCACACUGAUGAACCUGGCCAAGUCUUCCGCCUUCUUCAAGGAGCCGCCAGGGAAAGGCCGUUCGGGUGCCAGGUACCGCACUCCCAGGUUCACAACUUCCACUGUGGCGGAGGCGAAUGAAGAGGAAAAUGAGGGGGGCACGGAGGAGAAGACUCUCGGCCGCAAACACAGUCAGUCUAAAGAGAUCACGGACGAGACACUACGCGCAGACGACCUC